GGGCAGUCGAGAGCUAGGAUUGGAGGCGAACGCGAACGGUGACAAGGAGACAGGUACGGGCUGCCGCAACUGUCACUGGUCCGGGCUGUGAGUUCUGUCACAGGUCCGGGCUGCAGCAACCGUCAUAGGUCCGGGCUGAAACACCCGACGACGGUACCUAACUGCGUCUUCUGGUGGCCUAUGGAACCAGACACGAUGGGGCCACAACCGACCACGGGUGAAGCGGGGGAGGAGUACAGGACAUCGCCCGACCGAGCUCUGAGGGAUCUGAAGGAACGAAUUAGGCGGGAAGCACCGCUGAGAUGGGCUGACCUAACCAAUGACGAAGAGUCCGACGUAAUGGGUGAGCCGGUCGUGACAGAGCCGCAGGAGGCUCUGAAGACGGGAACCUCGAGCGGCCGACAAGAAGCGAUGAGACGACGCUCCCCCCACUAUGAGCGGAGGAAAACCAUGGCGGAUAAGCACAGGGACGACUGGCGAGAGAGUUCGAGGGACUCCUAUUGGAGGGAUAGAGAUAGAGAUAGAGCACCGCCGCGGCGUGUCUUCGACCCCCAAACGGGGGAAUCAUACCCGCUUCCUUACGAGAGCAAGGAUCGCUAUAUUAUUACGCACAAGGCCUCAGAGCCUCCUACUUUCCGGGGCUAUGGUAUCACCGAAUAUCUGGAGAAGUGGGAGCUUCAUGCUAGCCGGAGUCAGUGGUCGGAGGAGAAAAUUAUAGAGAACUUCCUAUUUAAUGUGGAUCCAAGUCUCGACAAGGAAGUUAAGGAAGCCCGGGCGAAGGAUGAAAAAUGGACUACGUACAAAAAGAACCUCGUUGAGCUUUACAAAUUGGAGGAUAACAAGUACUCCAUCAAGGACCUUGAGACGAUGACUCAAGAUGAAGAUGAGAGCGUACGGGCAUUUGGGAUGCGUUUUCAGAAGAUCUCCGACGUGCUGAUGAAGAAGGGGAAGAUCUCAGAGGUCGAGCGUUGUACUAUCUUCAUCAGACACCUGUCCAAAGGUAGAGAAAAUAGUAUACUUAGAAAUCUUCCGCGUGACAAGCUUGACUUCCCAGAAGUCCUAAAGCUCGCGAUAAAGGCAGAGGCAGACGACUACAAGGACUUGGUGUGGAGAGGGAUGAGGAGACGUGACUUUUCUCUCUACAUGGAGUAUGUCACUGAUAGAUGUCCUGAUUUCAAGGACCAUCCCUGGACGGAGAAGAAUGAAGCCGUGGUCGAGGAAGUGAAUGAGAUAAGGGACAUGGUAAAGGGAUUGACAAGACAGGUUACAGAGAUUGUGACCAACACAGGACCUACGACUUACCGGGACAAACACGAAGGGCCCUAUUCACUACGCUGGGACCGUAGGAACACCGAUUCCUGGAGGAGUGUCAAGGAUAGAAAUCCUCGAACGCUAAGUGAUUAUCGUACGAGGGAAAGAGAGAGAGAUGAUGAUCCAUGGCGACGUAGGGAUGACGAGAUAGACCAGGACCGCAGAGCUCGCAAGACGUAUGGGCGAGCUAGGAGGUUGGAUGAUUACUCGCGAAGCCCCCGUUAUGAGGCCGAUCGGGGUAGAGGCGACUCUCGAGGGCGGUGGGAGUCAGAUCAGGGCCGACGAGACGGAUACAGGGACAACAGAUAUGAGAGAUCAGACCGGGAUGGAUAUAGGGAAGGAAGAUAUGAGAGGACGGAUCGAGAUGGAUACAGAGGUGGCGGAUAUGAGAGAGGAGAUCGAGACGGGGACCGACGAGACGACUCGCGCGGACGGUAUGACCGUGGGGGGUACGGGAGAGAGCAGCGCGAGGAUUCGCGGGGGUGGUACAACCGAGGAGAUCGACGCGAUGAGUCACGCGAGCGAUACAACACUAGAGACCGCCGCAAUGAUUCACGCGGUCGGAAUGAGAGAGGGGGAUAUGGCGCCUCAUCAGAGCCGUAUCCCAAGUCCCCUGACCCCAGGGCAGCCAGGGGUUCGAUCUCUAAGAGCGCGGAUGACAGGCCGUCCAUUCCCAGGAACUCUUGCGUUUACUGUAGAGGAGAUGAUCAUAUCAAGAGAGAUUGCCCGGACCUCAAACGGGCAAUAGAUGAGGGACUUGUCGUGCUUGACGACCGCAAGUACGUCAAGUGGGCAGAUGAUCUGGGAGAUGUAUCGAUGUUCCCUUCGAUGAAGGAGAAUGUCGAAGCAAGGAGAGUAAAGCCGAGUAAAGGAAAGGAGCCGGCCAAGAGCCAGAGCAUCAAGAUAACUUUUGAGGGGGAUAUGGCGACCACACCCAUAAGGGUGGCAGCCACCAAGUCGGCGAGGGGGUCUACAUCGAAGAAGACUGACACGGAUUACGUGAUGGCGGAGAAGGACGGACAACGGAUCGAUGGAGAGGAGUGCUCUAUUCUGGAAUAUCAGGCAGCAUCCAAGCCGGCUCGCAAUGAGUUACAGAUGAUCACGCAGAAGACUCGCAUACCUCUAUCAGAGGAGGCUCAGGGGGCCCCUAAGGCGGAAGCUCCUACAGUAGCAGUAACGGGGGUGACUGCCAGAGCAGAUCGCAUGGCGACAGUCCUUCUUGAUGGGAUGAAAGGUGUGCCUCUAGACAAGUUUUACAUACUUGGUAGUGGGGCCGUGGAGGCGAUCAUAAAUGGAGCGAAACUAGAUGCUGUGAUCGAUAACGGCAGUGAGGCUGUCCUUAUAGACGAGGAUCUGGCAGUGCAGGUUGGACUGAGCCUCGAUAGGUCCUACCUAUUCGAGAUAGAGACGACUGAUGGGAGAAAACAACAAAUCACUGGGGUUUGUCACAAGGCAGCCAUAGAGGUCCACGGGGUACGAGUGACCCUGCCUUUCUUUGCAGUCAAGAACUGCAACUCCGAUCUGCUCUUGGGACGAACGUGGUUGAGCCACGUGCACGCAGUGACGAUAGAGCGACCUGAUGGGAGCCAGACAUUGUUCAUUAAGAAGCUAGAUGGGACGUGGGUUAUGAUUGAGACAGUGGAGCCUCAGGACCCGAGGAACAGAGCAGCUCUCGCUGUGGGUGCAAGACCCAGUGAUCAGAUUAAGUCAUUACCUAUCUCCGGCCGCACGGUGCGAUUUCGCGAGAAGAAGUAUGGACCACUGCUCACAGAGGAAGAAGGACGGAUCGUGGAGGUGGAAGAUUUAGGGAGUCGGCUGAUAGUGGACGACAACUCGUACCCAAAGGAGACAGAUGAGGAAUUUGGCGGGGUGGUAUCGGUAUCUUUUUUAAGGGCACGGCCCCCUAUGGGGGGCUACCCAAGCGAUACAAGCGAGUAGCACAAAAAGUUAAGCCAGCGGCGGUGGGCCGCGAG